AUGUCAGUCCUGAAGGAGAUGCCCGUGUUAAGCGGCGCUGGCGAGCCAGAGCAGGAAGCGGCCUGGAUCGUGGGGUUGUACUUUCCUCAAUAUCCGCAGCAUUUGGGAUCCAGCGAAGACGAUGUAGCCAACGCAUUAAGGGAAUUGGUGUCUUCAGCAGAUGGACUAGGAGAGGACAGUUGGAAGGAAGUCCGUGGUCCGGGUGUUCGGUCACUUAGAUCGCUGCCUGACAACGAGGAGCUAGUCCUAUCAGCCCCUACCACUACCAGAGACAUUGCUAACUGGAGAGGCUGGAUUCGCGACCUCGGAAAGACGACAGGUGGAUACAGGGGAUUUAAGAUAUCCACCUCCAACUCAAAUUCCAUGCAUUGCACGCCAACAUGUCAGGCGCUGACCAGCUUGAUAUGCGAAAAAUGUGCGGAGAGUAAACCGGCUUGUGACUCCGGUAGAACAACCGAGGGAGAAGAGAUAUUGUGGAGACAGACCCAGCAGUUCUGUACAGUUCUAACAAUUCCACCCUUAGCUUCGGAGAUUGAUCAACCUUGCACAGCACCGGGAGUACGAAUAGGCUGUAAAUUGUUCAGUUUUCGAGGAAAUGAGAAUGUAGAAUGGACGUGCUUCGUCUUCACAGCGUGUCAACUUUCCUUCUCUUCCAAGCGAACUGUGACAAGAGGCUCUUCCGAGGACAAAGACACAUGCGAGCCAGCGGUAUCUUUCGGCGAGGAGUUCUGGACAUCGUUAUCCCUUUCCGCUAACAAAUUUGAGUUAUUAGGACCCUCCGACGUAUCUUGGGUGCGACCAGGGGAUCUUAUAACCUCACCGCUGAAAGAAUGUAGAGAGCCUGAUGUACUGGAGUUGGAGGACGAGGAAAUUGGUCCCAGGUGGACCAGACCAAGUUUUGAAAGGUCGAAUGGAAUAGGGGCAGCCUUGCGUACUGAGGAAGUGGUUGUAGACGCAAAAGCAUCUUAA